GGCACCAGUCUUCUCCGCAAGCAGCGAAAGGUGGAGAGAUUUUCCCCAUCACACACUUUGACUGUCUCUUUCACGCACACACGUAUACGCGCUCAGCUGACAAACGGGACGCAAACAAACGCAAAAGGACUAUGGACUUGACCCUGCGAGAUGCUCUAGGUGGGGGCGGAGGUGGGGCCCCAGCUGAGGCCCUGCUGAAGAGAGACUUUGUGGCCUCAUUGGAGAAAGAGAGCUAUGAUGACAAGGUGGGAGAGACAGUCUCAAAGAGUGACUACAGGCCCUUAGUGGAUGGAAAGGAUACCAAGAGCAGCCCUGGAAUGAUGUCAUCCAUGAUGUCAUCUGGCGCCCGCCAAGACCCACCAGGACAGCCUGCCUUCAGCUCUGACUACCUGUCUGGUCCUAUGAUGGGUGGGAUGACAGGUCAGUGGAGCCUGAACAAGACAAAGGACAGCAGCAUGCCAGACUCAUUUUUAGGCUUCUCUCAGUCUGGGAUGGGGGGGACCAUGGGGUCCAGCCUGCCUCCAUUCCAGACCAGUAUGAGCUCUGUUCUCGGGCAGACUGGGAUGAGUGCAGCUAUGGACACCCAGAAGAGUUCAGGCCUAUUUGGUGUGGAAAACAAAACCACCAGUGGGAGCAGUCCAUUUAAAACCAGUGAUCCUUUUUCUCUCAGUGGCCCAGGAUUCCAGUCCAUGGAUCACUCUGCAGCUCCCGUCCUCUCUCCCAGCGGCUCAGUGGACGACAGCAGUGCCACAUCCUCCAACUCCGAACCCCUCAGCCCCGAGAGAGUAGGGCCGGGGGGCGAGGCUAGCAAGCAGCGACGCCGGAAGAAGAAGAGGAAGGGCCGCGACGAGGUCUACAACUUCUUGGAUAACCAGGAGAAUAACCUCCACCAGUCGGACAAGCAUGGGAUGCAGGAUAAAGGCGGAAGGGAGACGGAGGAGGACGGAGAUGAGGAGGAGAACUGGGAGUGGGAGAUCAGAGAGAGUGGAGGAGGGGGUAGGGUGAAAGGCAGGAAGACUAAGAGUCGGGCAAGACUUCCAGAGGAGUGGGGCGCACCCCAGCAGCCCAUCUCUCCUACACCGGCUUCAGUUGCUCCUAAAUGGGCUACAGCUUCUGACGCCGGCCUUAGUGACCCUAGAGUUCCAAACUCCAGUCCCAGCCCUGCUUUCCCCUCUGCCCCUGAACAAAUAGCUACGAGUUUUACCAACUGUUCCCAUGUUAGCCUUGUAACAGAUUCGUCUCCACGUGCCUAUGAACCCAUGUGUGUAGAUGAUUAUCCUGUGUCUGGUAAAGAUGGGCAAAAGGCAAAUGAAGAGAAAGUUUCAACUGGCAAACUUGAGCCUAACAUUAGCUCGGCCAACAGUGCUGCCAGCAAGGGCAGUUUAACUGGAGAUGUUAGCGGAAGUCUAGCACUGAUGUCAGGAGAUAAUCUUAGCCCAGUCUCCCAGACUUUCUCUUUCCUCGAUUCAGUCCUCCAGACUCCUCCGGGCUCCACCCCUGACUCGCAGACCACCACCCCUAUCACCAACACCCCUACCAUUGCCAGUACUUCCCUGACUAUGCCUAUCCUGUCAGAACCCACCAUCCCUGCUUCAAAAGCUCCCUCUGUUUUUAACCCUGCAAAGAGCACUCCAGACUUUCCUCCAGCUUUCACCUCCCCAUCACCCAUAGCUCCUUCUGUAACUGCAGUUGGAUCAGCUCUUAAUGUUGAUGCUAAGCCUUUUGUCCCCUCAGUCACGCUCAAGUCCUCCACAGCUGCCACAGCUGUUAAAACAGCUACAGCCUUUCCCGGAACCACUGCUCCUGCAUCCAUUUCCACCUCAGCCACCCCACUUAGUUCCUCCUUAACUCCUUCAAAGAAUGAAGCUACCCCCUCAUCAUCAUCUGACACUCCCCUCAAAGGUGUAGCCACGUCACUUAGCUCAGCCACACCCACUUCUUCCAUCACCCAAGCAGCCCCUCCCUCUCUCCCUGCACACUCAGAGCACCAGGAGUCCUCGUCGCCACAGCUCCCCCCACUGGAAGUGAAAUCUGAAAACAAGGACAAGCAGGAGAAGGCGGACAUCAUCUCCAGCAAGACAGAUAAAAUUGACGCCUUUGAUAAAAAAGAAGAGCAGCAGAAGAAGGACAUCAGCCCAGACACCAACCAGAAGUCGGAGAAGAUCCUCAAAAAUGAGGAAAAGAUAGAGAAAAUGAAUACAGACAAAGAUGACAAGACCAAUGAGAAGGCAGAGAAGGUAGACAAGCCGGAGAAGAUCAACAAAGAAGACAAGAAGGAAGAGGAGAAGAAGCCCACUGAGAAGAAGGAGGAGAAGGGAGGGAAAGGCCCAGCCAAAUCUCCCACAGGCAAUGGCGGCAAGACACUGCCAAGUCCUGACAGCAAGAGCAAGCCUGAUGUGGGUUCAGCCAAACCAAAUUCAGCCAAAUCGCGUCCAUCCACCCUCUCCACCAAUGACGAGGCCAACUCGGCCAAACGCCCCUCCCCCACCACAGCCAAUAAAAAAAGCCCUGCGACCAAGGCGACAACACCCACCACUGCCAAGAGGCCGCCAGCAGCAGCUGGUUCCAACAAGGCUGCUAAGACUCCAGAAAAUGGUACAACCGAGAAACGCCCACCUGUACCAAAGGCCACACCCACCCCCCGUUCAGCUGCCAGUAAGAAUGGCUCACCUGCCACAGCCACAAGCAAAACUGCAGCAAACAAGAAUGACAAGACCGAGAGCAAAACAGGAGAGACCAAGAAACCCAAGACUACAGCCCGUCCUCGUCCAGUCUCCACCACCACUCCUGCUACACCAGCUGACACCACUAAUGGUGAAUCCGCCACUAGUCAUCGCCGCCGGGUCAUCACCAAACCCCCCGUGCCUAAGCAGAGCCCUAUGGAGAAGAAGUCAGCGGCUCCCCGUGCCCCCCGAACUCCCCGACCCAUCAACGCCCCGACACCAGACCUGAAGAACGUUCGCUCCAAGAUCGGAUCCAUUGACAACAUCAAGUAUCAGCCUGGCGGAGGGAAGGUCUCCUCCACCCCGAACAACAAGACAUCAGACCCCUCCACACCUGCCGCCAAGGCCAGAGUUCAGAUAGUGCACAAAAAGCUGGACUUCAGCCACAUCACCUCUCGCUGUGGCUCCAAGGACAAUAUCAAACAUGUCCCUGGAGGUGGCAAUGUGCAGAUCUUGAAUAAAAAGGUUGAUGUGAGCAAGGUGACAUCCAAAUGUGGCUCCAAGGACAACAUCAAACAUAAGCCAGGUGGUGGUGAUGUGAAGAUCGAGUCCCACAAGCUGAACAUUAAGGCCAAGUCUAAGAUUGGAUCCCUGGACAACGUGGGGCCCGGGCAGACCAACGGACACAAGGAGGAGAAAACGGAGGAGAAGACAUCUCCACCCCCAAGUGGCACUCCAACAACAGGACAAGCAGGCGUUGCUAAGGCAACAGCGCCAGAAGGUGUUGCUAAGGAAAAUGGCAUGAAGGAAACUGCGCCCUCUCCUUUUGGUGGAGACGGACUGAGGGAGCCCCUUAGCAUAGAUAAACGCAUCACUGAGACAAACUGAGUCCCAGCGACCUGCAGACUUUGGCAGGACACGCAUGGCGCUCACUGACCUGCCAAUCAACUGACCAACCAACUUACCACGGCGCAGUCACUUCCCUCUGGCCCCGCCCUUCAUCUCGCCCACCGCAGCACCGAACCGACCGUUCUCCUCUCAGUGUUUCUAUGGGGUCCGCCUGCCAGCUUCUUGCUACCAACCCUGACCUCUGAACCGCUCGAUGUCCCUGGCUUGACUUUUGGCCCUGUUAACUACAGAGAAGACCAUUUGGUGUUUGUCUGUGAAUCUCUGUGUGGGGUCCCACCAGCUUCUUAUCUGAUAAAAUAUCCUUAUUAGCACUGAGUUAGAUUACCUCAGCCCUAAAUCCUAAAUAUAACUACCCCAAAACAAACACAAAAAAAACUAAAUAAACCCACUAUUGCACAUAGUGAGUAUAAUCACCUUAUUCAUAGAUUGUUCAAGCUAUGACUAGUUACUGUAACACUUGUCACUGAAAUUAACCUUUCCUCUGGUCCCUGAUUGGCCUUUCACAUUACAAAUAAUUCUAUAUUUCCCAGCUUUGUUGGCCAACCUAUGCUUCCUUUUGUCCCUCCUUCCACUUCCAAUACAUUAGAUAUCAUCAAGUCAUGUCAUGUCAUUAUUACCCUCGUCUCACAGCUAAUUUCAAAUUGUUUCACUACAAUUCUCAAAGUAUUGUUGCACUAGUUUGUCCACUCAAAAUCCUUUACAAUAAUGUUGUUUUUAUUAUAAUUAUUAUUUGCACAAUUAAUAUCCUAAUGUUCAGAGUUUGUAGAGAUGGAUGCAGAGAAGACAGACUUAAUCUAGACUGAAGUUGUUAAUUAGAAAGUCUGUAAGCAAAGAUCCAUGCAAAAGUUUCUUCAGUGUCAGAUAAUUCCUGUGUCAACUGUACACAAUGUGACCCCAUGAUUAUGCUGACUAGAAUUAGAAACAUAAUUUAAUUAUAUCAUUAGUGCAAGAUAAUCAUCAACAUAUUGAAAGAGAAGAAAUAGAUGAGCUUGGAAGCUCCUCUGGCUCCAAAAGGAUUUGGCACAUUGGUAUUUGACCAGAUAGUCACUUACUAGAGAUUGCACUAGUAGAACAUAAAGGAGUGAUCUAUAACAGGAACUUUUGACACUUUAUGAUAAGUAUAAACUCACAGCUUGAUCUCCCACUGCUGCACCUUUUAGUCCCUGAUCAUGAAGGGAAUCGUACAGGGAUAAUGUGUGAAGUAAUUGUUGGUAACAGUGACAACCGCUGAGUCACAGGCUGCUUUUGAAAGGCUCAAUCAUACCAGCACAUUAAAUAGCAUAAAUUCAGGCAGAGUUAACAAUAUACAGAUGAUAACAUGCAUUAGUGGAAUUGCCUCUAAUGUAUUCCGGAGAUCUAUGGUUUACUUGCAAAGUAAAUGCAAAGUAAAAUCAGCUACGUAGUUUGCAUCAACUUAAGCUAAUUUGUACUAAGAGCAAGAUGUCUUGACAAAGUUUGAAGUAUUGCAGGAACAGAAACUAGUGUUUAUUAUAAAGAAAGUUUUCAUACCGUAUUUCCUAUGUUGCAACUUUUAUUCAACCUUCCAGCAUUGAAAUAAAAACUGUUAAAGAGGCAGAAAUCAGUUUUCGCAAUUGUGCUACAAAGUCUGCAAGCUUAACAUGUAUGUAGCCCCUCCUCUCGGAAAGGGAUUGAUAUUAUGUACAAUCAUCAGUACAAAAUAUCACAGCUGAAUAAAUGUCAUGGUACAGAAAAAAUAGAAACUCAGAAAGGUUUUAUGAUGUCCAACAUUUGCAUGUUUCUCCUGCGGUAUACUAUGGUUUGAAUAUUUCUUUUUAUACCAUGCUAUACAUAGGUCUGAUUAUUUCCCUUCUCUGGGAAUACUAAGUAUGAAACUGUAGCAACGGUAUAUUAAACAGUUAUUUACUGUUUACAUUUUGCGGGAACCUGAAUCUGUAAGGCUUUAACUUCGAUCAGGUCGUAGCUCAAGUCCACAAACUAAUGUGGAUGUAUUAGCUCUGCAGGUUUUGAAAGUUUGCUUUGUGUUGAUGAAAAUAUUAUAAAGCCACCAUAAAAUAAUACAUUAAGCAACAAUAUAUCAGUGUAGUUUUAAAACACUUAACCUUUGUCUGCAAAUAAGUCCACAUACUCAGAUAUGUGACCAUUUGCAUGACAUAAACCUGGGGGUACCAUUAAAAUACAGUCUUGUUAACUGUUUUCAUAUAUGCAGCCCUGUUGUACAACAUGAAUCUGUCUGAAUUGAAGGCUUUCCUGCUCCAUUAAUUCCAGUUGUACACCUGCACCCCCUGUAAGGGACUCCAGCAGUUACCCUUAGAUUUACAGUUAAAAGAGAUAGACCGAUAGCACCUUCCUCCUGUUACACACAUGUGGCCCUGCAGAGGACGGUGAGCCUGUAGAGCCAGAACCUGAUAGUUUUCUCACUAACAUACAUAAACACAGAUUUGUAUAGGUAUAGGAAAGCACACAUGCUUGAUGGUGUGCAUGCCCCAUACAUACACAUACACUGCAAUACACACAAAUCAUCCGUACUACACCGUAACCAACUCUUCGUGUUUUAAUAUUCUUAAAACGAUGAUGAGCUGUGUAGGUAUGUCCUUCCUGUCAUAGUCAAUGUCUAACAUUUUCCACUUACAUUCAGCCAUCCCCACCUUUCUAACUCUUUAUCCUCCAUGCGUCUCACUCUAGUUCUCUGACAGCAAUACAGCAAUCUUAGUAUGGAAAGCCUCCUGUUACCUGAACAUAAACAUGACGUACAGACAGACAGAGAUGGACAGACAACCACUAAAGUCAACUGGUAGGUUUGAGACAGGAACGAGUUCACCUGCAGGGAGGGCAAUCGAUUUAAGAGAAUAAUGUUACAUUCAUGGCAAACCUGAAGUUGGAACUUCUUUGCAACUUUAUGGCGAUUCUGGUAGAUUGAACCUACAAGAACACCAACCACGCCUCAUGUCAUGGGCACUUAGAGUAGCAGAUGAUCCAGCUUCUAGUUAUCUGCCUCUCUGUCUGGCACAUAAUUUACCCAACAUCUGUAGUGUAAAUAGAUGAGAGUAAAUAGCUUGUAAAAUGUCUUGUGUUCAUUUUUUUUAUGUUAUUUUUUUUUUUAUUUUUUGUGUAGCAUUUCUGUUUAUUUUAUAUAGGAUAUCACUGAAUAUGUGAAAAUAUAUCAAAAGCAUGCAUUUCUUGAAUGUUUGAAAAAAGAAAAGAAAAAAAAAAAUCCUAUUACACUGGACAGCAGGAACUGCCCAGCUCCAAAAUGCCAUGAAUGCAGCAGUAUUUCAGUGAAGGUCCAAGAACGGCCACAGAAUUCUUGUGUUUGGACCGUCCAGUGGCGUUUCAAAAAGUCUUUCUAAUGACCUAAUCUGCUUUUAUAAAACAGUAAUUUCACAUUUAAUUCUGUCCUAAUCAAAUCUUGAGUAGGAAUAAUCCUGGUGGCUACCAUUUUUAAUGAGUUUCCAUUUGUUAAGCAUAACUCUGAAGAGUUACAGUAUAGGUGUUCAAGUUAAGAGGUCACUUGUAUAUAUAGGCUAUUCAGUUUUGAUUCAUUUUACUUCUACCCAACACUGUGAUGUGGCUUUGAUUUAGAGCAAAAUUUAGACCAAAACAAUUGCUAUGAAUCACACCGGUAAUACAAACAGGAAAGGUCCCUUCCUGCUCGCUGUGCAUUAAAGGCUGGGAUGGUCUCUGUUGAAAACACUGGGAUUUUCAAUGCGUCUGUGACGUGCUGCCGUAGUUGUCAGAUGUGUGAAGUGUUACUACUGCAUCCAUCCUGUAGAGAGUGCUGCCUAGCCUCUGGAACACUGAUAGUCUGGCUCUUUGACUUUUAACAAAAGCUGACUGAGAAACCUUUACAUCUCCAUUAGAGCAGCCACAAUAGAGCUCCAUACUGUCUUCAUUUAAACUAGAACUAUAAUAUUGUGUCUGGAACACUUAAUACUAUCCAAAUCAUAUGGAACGUGUACAAUUCCCCUAAAAAUUCAAAAGUCCUGUGCACUUUGAACACAGUCUUGUUCAUUUCUUGAUGCACUCAAGUGAUGUAACUGUACUCAAGUUGCUUUACUGUAUAUUGGUAAAACCUUGUCAGCUGUGUACUGUGCGUGUGUGCUUCUGGGAACAAAAAAGUUCUGUUAGUUAGAUAACUUAUGAUAAUAAAAGAGCAAGUGAUCAAAUAGUCAGCAAUUAAGAAUAGCUAACUAAAAGCACCAUGUAAGCAUAUUUAAUAUUGUACUGUUCCCUCCAAACCAUGCCCAUGACUUGGCUGAAAGUAACACACGUCACAUGACACAUGCGUUGAUAAUAUGUGAAAACAAUAAUGUGAACUUUUCCUCGAGAGCAAAGACAUGACAGCACUUUGACAGAUGUAGGCGUUGGAUUAUGUAUAGGCAAAUAGGAGCGAGUUGUAGUCUUUUUCUGUGUAAGAAUCACAUUGUGAGAGAAUGUGGUCGUGUGAGGGGGUGAGCUGCUGUGUAUCUUUGGUGAACACGUUGGUGCCCUUUAGCAUAGUGGAUUUUAGCAGAACUUUGGUCAUUGGUGUUGUGCUGUUGGCUUUGGCGGUUAAACACUCAACUCUCCAGUCUGCCCUUGUGUUGUUCUCUUAAAUGUUAACUGGUUGUAUCAUUCUGCCCAGGCUGUAAAGUCACAUUUUGUGGUCAUAUUCAUAUUUUAAGGGAUUUUUUAAGGUGGCCAAAAGGCCACAGACCUGGGCCAGAUGCAUUGAGGAGCUCCAGCCAUGACAAGUUUCCAUGACAAGUGCAGAAAGUUAGCCAGAUUUACUAGGAAGUAGUGAAAGUUUGAGUAGAGUUAAAACUCAGCCUGCUGGGAUUGUGCAGAGUUGUGCAUUCAGUGAAUGGAGCUUAUUGAUGCUCUUGGGAUUAAAGUGAAUGCAGCAUUGUUUCUGUUGUACCACAUUUCAAAGUUUCAAAGUUACCACAACAGUGAAUUUAAUCAAUUUAAACAGGCAAAUUUGUAAUACUGCUAGAAAUACAUACAAAGUAUCUCCUUUUCAUUGAUGUUGGACCAGAUAUUGGUAUAUUGGGACUUUAUAGAGACAACUUUAUUAAAGAAAUGUUGUAGAUAACUUCAAACUGAGGGGCCUGAUAGCACUUCCUGCUGCUAAACCACUAGCAACGCUCAUGAUACAGCUAACGACAUGACAAAAAUUAAAAGUUCAGUUGUCCACUAUUUAGACUUAUGUAUUCUUUAAACUAACACAAUCAAUUUUGGCUAGCAUUUACUUGUAUUAGCUUAUCUAGUUCCAAAAUCUUGAUCACAAAUUAAAGCUAAAACCAUGCCCUGUUAUAAUUUUUUACAGGUUUAAUUUAGCAUCAGACUUUUCCUAAUUCAAUGAGGAAAUUUAAUAAGGAAACAAGUGGAACAUCACGUUCCUUAGGAUGAUAAAGGUCUACCACAAUGACAGGUUUAAAUGCACAUUAUUCGUUUAGUACACCUUGCCAGGUGUGAUGUGAACAUUGCUUUGCAGCUUGGACAAAGAGUAAUAACCAGACUCACCCUGAUGUCUGCUCACUACUGUUUGAUUCCCCAGAUGUAGCGCUUGAACAGCACCCUUCCACUAGUAUCUCACACUGUCCCUUGUAUAUAGACACCACCGUGUUUUUAUCACUCCAGGAAUAUCUCAAAUUAAUUAUUUGACAAGAUAAAAACUUUAAAAAAAAGCUUACUUCUUAACAGGGUGUUGUGGAUGUUGCCAGCUGAGCGUUCACGUUCAUGAACCCGUUACUGUUUAGCUUAAUAAUGGUGUUAUUAUAAGACUGAAAGCAUAAAAAAGGAAAAGUGUACUUUUUAUUUUUUCAGUCUGCCUUUUUUCAGAUUAAGAAAAGGGCUGCUGAAGUUUCAAGAAUGUUUUUAAAAUGUCUUUAAGAUGCAAGAUUAUGAAUACAUGUAUGAGGUUUGUCUCUGUUCUGUUAAGAAAGAUAGACGACACAUGGGAACACUAACUUCCAGACUCAAAGUGCAGAGCGGUAAGGGAGGCAGUGUGUGUUGUGUUAGGCAUGACCUGAUGACUUAUUGCACUGAGGCUUCGCGGAACAAAAGAACACACAUUAAAAUUAGCAAACUUGGGUUCGUUGAAACAGGAGGUAGCAAUAUGAUAGGUGUGAAUAGCACUGACACACACUGGCCAGCUCUCCUUUUGCUUACCACCACUCCCCAGUCAAACUAACAAUACCUGGACUUAGUCUUUUGGCAUGUGGUAUUAAGUCAUGUCUUGUGUUAGCUCCUGUUUUGACACCUUAGCAUUCCUGCCAACACUAGAAUGAAUCAAGGCAAGUAUUGGACCAAAUUAAUCUCAUUCUUUGUCAAAUAUAGUGGAACAUUAUGGAUCUGUUAAAAAGCAAAUUGUUAUUUGGUGAGUGUAAACUCAGUUAAAGUUCAUAAUGCCUGAAAUGUACCAGAGUAAAAAUAAAUGAAUAAAAUAGAAAUAAAGGGAGUGUUGGUAGAUUUGCACCUUGGAGCCCCAAGCUGUGUCUCCCUCCUACAAAGGCUUCGUAGCUCUACAGCACUGAAAAAACAGCAGCUUAUAGUUGUCUCUUACUACAUAUAGUACAGUUGGAUAUCGCAAUUCCUGACUGGCUGCCCAGUAAACUCUGCAAGCUGCUUAAAUGUCAAGGGGAGUGCAAAGAGAAGUGUUGAGCUGAACAUUGUCUGCUGUAUUUCAAUCAUGUGGGUGUCCUUACAUGCCAACUGUUAAAUGAAAAGUGAGACAGCUGACAAAACAGCUUUCCUUUCAGUACUGUAGGGUGAAUUCUCUGUAGUGUGGGCUGUAUUGUUAUGUAGGGCACAACACCAUAGCAAGAGCAUGCAAGAGACAAAAAAACAAAAAAAAAACAAAAAAAAAAAACUGCUGGUUGUAAGAGGCAUCUGUUCUAUUAGAUAGCGCUCAUCUCCCCCUUCAAUUCUGAAUAUUUGGUAUGAAAGAGAUGUUCAUUGUGAUUAAUUGUUAACUAGUGACGUGAAUAUUAAUCAUGAAAUAAAAA